AUUUUUCGUUUAUAUAUUCGUUUUAUAUAUUGAAGUGAAUUGAACAUUAAUUUCUGUGUAAAGAAAAUAUUAAAAAAUAUAUUUAAAAUCGUAUAUUUUUGUGUGAAUGGUGAACAUUUUUAAAAUUAAACAAUGAAUAGGCAGCCAUUACAAUCCUUUGGUAACUGGCAACUUGUUAAGACCUUAGGAGAGGGAGCUUUCGGCGAAGUCCACUUAUGGAAGCACAAUCAAACUGGGAAAGAAUUCGCCACCAAACGUUUAAAGGCAAAUCCAAAAUUAAACGCCGAUGAAAUAAGCAUAAUGCACAAACGUUGGCAUCAAGAAUACAGAUGGAUGCAAAAUCUACAAACACCACAUAUUGUAAGAUCUGCUAACAUAAAUGAUGAGGAGUUUUUUAGAUAUUUAGCGGGUGGCAAUCAUGUAGAACAUUCAUUGCCCGUUAUUAUAAUGGAAUAUUGUAAUGGUGGUGAUUUGAGAAGGCAACUGAAUCAAGUAGAAAAUGUUAAUGGUUUGAAAGAGUUUGAAAUACGUACAAUUUUAAAUGCUCUACUUUGUGCCAUCGAUUAUUUGCAUCAAGUAUAUAAUAUCGAACAUCGUGAUAUAAAGCCUGAAAAUAUUAUUUUACAUAUAGAGGGAAAUAAAAAGAUUUAUAAGCUCACCGAUUUCGGUUAUGCACGCGAAAUUCCUGAGUCUACUGUAGCACAAAGUGUUGUUGGUACCCGCAACUAUGUAGCACCUGAAGUUAUUGAUCCUGGAGAUUAUACAGAAACCGUUGAUUAUUGGUCCAUUGGUAUAGUGGCUUACGAGAUUAUUUGUGGCCAUCAACCCUUCUUACCACAUCAAACAUUUUUUAAUCGCAUGACUAACAUAAAACGAAAAACACGAGAAUGCAUUGCUAUUGCAGAAGAUGUUGACCAUCCAGAUACAGAAAAUUUUAUUUUCAUUAAACAUUUGCCUGCUCAAAAUCAUUCCAGUACAAUUUUUAUAAAAAAGAUGGAAGAUUGGUUACGUUUAACUUUGGAUAUUGAUUACAAAACCAGAGGCCGAAAUAGUAAAAACGAAUUGAAAUUCUAUACAGAUAUGCGUUCGCUGUUAAAUAAAAAAAUCGUAACAGUGUUUUCUUUAAAAUCAUAUGAAAAAUUUUACUAUGACAUCGAAGCAUACUCGAGUUUAGAGAAUUUUUUGCAACACAUUUCAUAUGAUACUCAAAUUGAUAUUAAUAAUAUAUUCGCAAUAAAUCCACCAUUACAUCCAUGUAAAAAUAUACUAAAUCCCUUGGAUUAUUAUGUUCCAGAAUGGAGUGACAUCAGUAAUCCUUUAAAUCCUCCUGUCAUGUUGUUUGUGGGCGAGUUUUUAAUACAAAGUGAAUUGAAUAUAAAUGAAGAAAAACAUUUUCUUAUUAGCGAUACAAUUAAAAGCUGUGUGAAUAUCAAUCCACAAGAAGGAAAUAUUCCCGUAUGGUUGUUGCAGCAGUUUGAGAAAGACGUCCAUUUCAUGUUAACCAAAGAACAACAUUAUUUAGUUUGUUAUCUAAUGGGACUUGAGAAUUACGUAAUUGAAAUCGAACAUAAUGUGUUUAAGUACAAAGAUGAAAUUAAUAAGCUUAUUAAAAAAACAUCAGAACUCGUCGGAAGUGUUAAAUAUUCCAAUAUAUUUUUGAAUGAAUUUCUAAAUAUUCAAAAUGGACAGAUAGCCAACUCAACAAUAGAUAUGGCACAAAAGAUAAAUACGCAAUGCCAAGAUUUUGAAGCCAAUAUUGUACCAAUGUUAAGUCGUUUAUACACUGAAAUCUUACAAACUUUCCGAGAUUUGGCUAACAAUACGAUUUACAAAGAAGUCAGAGAACAAGACAUUUUUGAACUCUUAAAAUACCGCAAGUAUCUUAAUUAUGAAUAUCCUCUUAAUCAGCGUUUAGAAAAUGCUCAAUGUGCUUUUGACAAGUGUAUCCAUGAAUUUAUAAGUUUUACCAAGAGUAGUAAAUGGAAAGAGACUCGUGAAAAAAUAAAUAAAAAUCUACAAUUAUACAAUAAUUUACGCCAACAAGUUAACAAUGUAUUUAAUGAAAUGAUACGAUUGGAAAAUGAACUACAUGAAUAUACCAGAUCGGUUGUAAGACAUACCAUGAACAAUACUCGUUCGACUUCGAGUAUGAUUGCUUUGGAUGGUACUAAUGAGCAGUAUUCAUUAAGUGCUUUUGAUUCCGAAACUCCAGAAUUGAUAAACGAUUGUCAAUCUAUCAUCAACGCUAUGCAGUCUUCAAUGUAUAUAGAUGAAUAAACAGUGCCGUAUAUUUAUUUCAUAUGUUUAAAUAUAAAUCAUUUGAUAUCAAUUAAAAAUUAGUCAUAAGUUUUUAUGUACAUAUACUAUAUUUAGUUUAAGAUAUUCUACAUUUUACUUUCAAUACAAAGAAGUACGGAUGAUAAUGGUAGAGCUUUACUAACAUCUAUCACUUCUUAAAGUUAAGAAAACUUUAAAAAGUAGUAGAUGUUAGUAGAGCUCUACCUACCUACCUAUUAUGUAUAGUAGAUCGACUUAGGGACCUAAUGUAUGUAUAUUCAAAUGUUAAUUCUUAAUAAUGAGAUGUUAUCUUUCCCUUAUAGAAAUUUACACAUAGGAUAAGAUAACAUUUCAUUAUUAAUGACUAUUACUUUGUUUGAAUAUUAAAAAAGGUUUUAAAACAUCUGUAAGUAUGUCUAAUGUAUAAAUGUUUUUUUAAAGUUAUUUUAAGAAAUUUAGAUUUUAAUUUUUAUAUACAACGUAUGAAAUAUAUAUAAAUUUUAAUGUACAAAAUUUUAUUUUUAAUUAUUUUACCUUUAAAUGUUUUAGUUUAGCGUUUAAUGUACAUAUAUGUAGUUAUUGUGAUAAUCUUUAUAUAUACAUAUAUAUAUUUUUGUAUAAUACAACUCAAUGGAAAAUUUGCAAAAUUUUUUAUUGGGAUUUAGUUUUUUUUUUUUUUUAAUAUUGUUAAAAGUCUGUUAUAAAAAGAAAAAUAUAACUACAC